AUGCCUGUUAUAUCUGUACGAAUUAAGGCAGAAAAUAAAGUAAAAGUAAACUGGAUUGGUGUUCUUGUACCUAAAGAUAUUACAGUAAAGCAGUUUUAUGAAGAUUUUAUUGCAAGAAAAAUUGUUUCUGAAGUGCAGUUAAAUGAUGAAGACCGUUUACAACCAGUUAAAGUAGAGUUUUCACAUAAUACAACCAGACCUUUUAAUGUUGUUAGUAUGGAAUGUAACAUGGUUGAGGCAAUUGAAGCUUGGAGAAACAAAGUGCAAUAUUAUCAAACAAAUAGCCAAGCAUCAUUAUAUUCUGAAACACCAAUUAAUAUUUUUUCACAAAUGAUGAAUGAUGCUACUAACUUAAAACAUUUACCAACUUUUACUAUUUCUGAACAUUCAAAUUUAUUAGAAAAGGAUACUGCAAUAACAACUGGAAAAGAAUUUGUCAAAGAUUUAGCUGCUGCAUUAUGGUAUGUAGAUAAAUGUGAUCCAGAAAA